GUCACCCAAUCAAAUGGCAUGUAACGGUAACUUAUUAACGGGCUGUUCUCGUGUGCCUGCUGAGGCCAAGCUGACACUUGAUUUCUACAGAUUCUUAUAUUGCGUAGAUGGUAGCCAACUGUGCAUGUGUUUUCGCGUGUCUUCCUGUAGUUUGCCAUGUCGACAUCAGGGACAUUAAGUUAUUAUGUAGAUUCUCUCAUUCUGCCUGAGACCGAGAAUCUUUUAGCACCAAAAUACUCCUCUGAUACGGGGCUUCAACAAGAAAGGCAGCCAGCGCUCACUGAGCAGGGCGACCCAGAACCUUGUCCAUUCCAGUCAAAAUCGACCAUCUUCGGCGCAUCCUGGAAUUCCGUGCCAUCAAUGCCUCCGAGCAGCCUGUCCACUGUGUACCACUCCUACGCGCAGUCUCCGGGUGCAGCAGGAGACGCCGACGGAAUGUAUAUGCGAUCUUGGUUAUUGGAACCCAUUUCUGGAUCCUUGCCUUUAACAGGAUUAUCUACAAAUAGGCAUUAUGGUAUUAAACCCGAGCCAUUGACCAGCAGAGGCGAAUGCACAACGUUCGAUACGCUGCUUCUCUCUGACUUUAAAAACGGAUCGUCGCCUGCAAGUAUGGAUAGAAUCUCCAGCGAUGCCAGUUUCCCCGACGCCAAGGAAGAUACCGCUUCCGCCACGGAAAAAACAAACGCAGAUCCAAAUAACCCUUCGUCCAACUGGCUUCACGCGAGAUCCACGAGAAAAAAGCGCUGUCCGUAUUCUAAGCACCAGACUCUCGAACUGGAGAAAGAGUUUCUGUUUAAUAUGUACCUCACCCGAGACCGUAGAUAUGAAGUGGCAAGACUUCUAAAUCUCACUGAAAGACAAGUUAAAAUUUGGUUUCAGAACCGCAGGAUGAAGAUGAAGAAAGGCAAUAAAGAUCGACCAAAAGAUGAUUGAUAUGAUCAAAUUCCGGAGACAGAACAUAAUCUAUAAAAUGAACUGGAUUAUUCGAAACCUCAUCCAAACAUAAAAGUAGAUUUUAGCAGUAACUGAUUUCAUAUUAUAUUAGCAAUCUGUAAAAAAAAAUGUCGAUUAUAGCUACAGUUUCCUCGCCCAAACUUGAAUUGCACAGAUACAUUUGCACCCUAUUAUCAAUUAAUGUGCGUUUCUUCCUGUUGUGUAGUGAAUGUGUAUACUCGUUAUAAACUAUGUACUCGUCUGAUACUAAUUUUAUUGUAGUUUGUGACAGAACGUUUUUUAUAAUGUGUUUUGUUUCAUUUGUAGUUUGUCAAUAUCUCAGUUUGGAAAAAGCACUGGUUUGGAUGUAAUCAAACAAUUUCAAAUUCAUAUGUGUAAGAAAAGGGCAUUGUUUUUAGUGGCCUGUAAUGUGAUGCUAACUUUAAUUUGGGUGCAUGCGCUUGUGCAUUAAUAUAUAAAAUAUAAAAUGGUGAACGUUAGAUGUAAUUACAUUACACUGUAUUUUGUGUUGACUACCUAUAUUUCUCAACUACCUACAUAUAUGAAGAAUGUAAAAAAAAUAACUCGAACAGUUCAUGUGGUAUCUCGACAUAGGGAUUGUGUAUUUUGUAAACUGCAAGGGGAACAUGUUUAACGAGCAUACAUAUAUAUAAUGUGUGAGGACCAUACACUGGAUGAAUACCUCAUUGGCCUAUUGACCAGCUGUGUUAAUUCUUAAA